GGAGAGAUUUCCAAGUUUGCUAUCUUACGCGGAUAGAUGACAAAAAUAAUUAAUGAAACGCUGUGUCGCGGACGCUCUGUUUUUACGAUACAUUGUCAAAUCGAUUAUUAUCAAAUCGUUUCACAAAAUCAUCUGAAACAUUGGAGCCAAUUUAUACAGUUGUUAUAAUUUUACAUAAAAUUUCUGUGCGCACGUUUCUUCCGAUCGUACUAAUUACUCCGAUACGAAAUAUGCAGUACAAUUCAACGAAUUAAGAAAUUAUACAAUUAAAAUUUCACAAAACUCGUAAUAUAUAAUUAAUAGAGAUUAGUUUCUUCGAAAUGUCAGCACCCGAGACAGCAGUAAUUUUUGCAAAGCUGGAAGCAUUAAAAGACAUUAGAUCGAAAACUCUUCAAUUGGAGAAACUAAAACAAAGAAUAUUACAAGAGGUGGAACAGACUGAGCAAGAGGAGAAAUGUUUAUUAGAAUAUAAACAAGAAAUGGAUUUACUAAUGCAGGAAAAAAUGGCACAUGUAGAAGAGCUGCGUCAGAUACAUGCAGACAUUAAUGCAAUGGAAUCAGUAAUCAAGCAAGCAGAAGAAGCACGUAACAGAGCAAGAGAAACUGCAAAAUUAAUUCAUAAUAAUGAUUAUCAGCCAUUGAAGCACGACAUUGAUCGUAUGCGUAGAGAAUUUCUAGGUUUGGAAAGAUUACCAGAAUUAUAUGAGACUGAGUCAGAUCUUAUCUCUCCAGAACGGUUUGUUCAUAGCUACUUUGAACGGUCGAUGCAAAAGGCAGAAUGGAGAGUAGAGGUACGAAGUGACGAUUUAUUACCGCCGCUCGGACUACAUCAUCCUGGACAUCCAGGAGGCUCAACACCUUUUCUAGCUCCCCAACCCCUUCAGGGGCCAAGCAAACCAGAACCUAGGCCGUUGCCACCAGCCCCAGGGCCCCCAGCUCCAACAUUCAGGUACCACUGGCAACAACCACCACCUAUGAAGUCUUGCCUUUCGUGUCAUCAACAAAUUCACAGAAAUGCACCAAUUUGUCCACUUUGCAAAGCAAAAUCGCGUUCGCGUAAUCCCAAGAAACCAAAGAAGAAAGAUUAAUUUAUAAUUAGAAAUAUUAUUUAUAUGAAUAAUCCACAUUGCUUUAUAAUUUGUUUUAAGAUAUAUAUAUUAAUCAUUUUUUAUAAUCCAUAGAAACUGUGCACUCUUAUCAUAUCGGUAGCAUUUAUAAGUGAUGAUACAUCAUCUCCAUGAGAAUGACUUUAUAUAUCAAUUUUUUAACGACAGAUUUUUUAUAUUUCAAGGUUUUAUUUGUGUUAAGAAUAUAUAAAAAAAUAUAAGAGAAGAAAUGAUAGCCAAAUAUAUAUAAUUUCUACUACUAUAUAGAGAAAUAAAAAUAAAAAAUUUAACAUUUGACAACA